CCAUGAGCCAAAGAUAAUUCCAAUAAAAACGGAGUAGAAGUGUUUUGAUACACUUUUACUCCCUUCUCCUGCGCUCUUCCACAUUCCCAAUUCUCCCUCUCACUCUUCCAGGUACACGCCCUUUGACUUGUCAGGGGGAAAAGUUUUAAGGAAAGAAAAAAAAAAACCUAAAUCACGGAAGAGAUUCUGCAGUCCUACUAGUUUGGCAAGUUCUCUGGGCUCAAAGCAGCGUAGAAAGGCGGAGAAGAGGGCAGAAACUCAAAUUUGCGCACAUUUAUACACUUCUCCUGUCCCGCAGACGAUAUACGAAAGAGGAGUCAUGGAGGCAGCCAUUCAGACCGUGGUGAAGGUCUUCCUGAAGUCAACCAAGGGAAAGGAGAGUCUAGGACCAAAAGAGUUCCAGGGCCUCGUCAAGAGCCAGCUCAGCAACAUCCUGUCGGACACAGAGAGCAAGGAGGCGGUCAACAACAUGGGCCAGGGACUGGAUGCUAACAAAGAUGGCAAGGUUGGCUUUGAGGAGUACAUGAAGCUGGUCGGCUACCUGGCGGUCUCGCUCAGCGAGCAGCGUGUCCUUGCCAAAGAUGAGGAGCCUGCCCAAAACUCUGCAUCCGGACAAGUGGCACAAAGCGUCCCGGACAAAGAGGAGGAGAAGCCAGAGGCAAACGCAGAGGCAAAGGUGGAAGCAAAGCCAGAGGUGAAGGAAGAGGCGAAGGCAGAAGCAACUGCAGAAGUAAAGAUAGAACCAAAAGCAGACGGAAAUGUAGAUAUUAAGGUUGAAGCAAAGGCAGAAGGAGAGACGCAGCCCGAAGCAGCAAAGGAGGAGGAGAAGCCAGUGGCGGUAGUGGAAGCAGCGGCAGAUGCGGCUGGAGUGGCGGUGGAAGAGGCAGUGAAAGAGGUGGAGAAGGUGGAGGAGACAGAAAAGGUGGAGGAAGCUACGAAGGAGGCGGCUGCAGCUGGGGAGGAAGAUGGGGAAAAGAAGACAGAGGAGGCGACCUCAUAGGGGACAAUCCAUUCCUCUAUCUGAAUCACACUACACGCUUACAUUCAACACUACAUAAAACACAGCAUUAACAUUGCUAAAAAUAAGUUUUAAGCCACUAAAGAUUUUUUUUUCCAAGUACUCACAACUUUGAAAUACAAAAUAUCGGUAAAAGUACAAACAUUACAAACCCAGCUCUGAAGAAACCCCAUUCCUCCUAUAUGAUAAAUAAUACAUGUACAUGACAUUAGAGUUAUUACUUUGUACUACUACUUACCACUAUGUUCAUAUGUACAGCAUGUGCAUCCCACUAUAUAGCACAUUUACCUCAUUAUGAUAAUACUAUGAUAGCAUGCAGAUGCUCAUUAUCAUGUGCAUGCCGUAUCCCUGUGAAAACCUUACUGCAAAGUAUGAUUCCCCUGCUGCAGCACACUGACACACAUGACCUCAUUGUCACUGUAUGUUAACACACCACUGCAGACAAGGUGUUCAGUUUAAAUCCCGUCCUCUACCCACUUUUGCCUCUGUCUGGGUCUUUUCUUCUACAGCUGUGCCAUGCAUCUGCAGUAUACACCUUACUGAGCGCUAAUGGCUUAAAGGAAUAGUUUGACAUUUUGGGAAAUUUGUUUAUUAGCUUUCUUAACAAGACUUAAAGACUCUCAUAUGUGUCAGUUGAAUAUAAUGCUGCACCCGGUAGCCUGUUAGCUUAGCUUAGUAUAAAGACUGGAAACCGGGCAAAACAGCUAGUUUGGCUCUGUCUGAAGGUAACAAUGUCACUAAUUAUCUCAUUAUAUCUUGUUGUUUACUCUUUUGUAUAGAUGUUGAAUGUUGAACUAUUCCUUUAAUGGUUGCAUGAAAAUCCUGUCCAUAACACUAGCUACAUCAGUUAACAUAUUUUCCCCUUUCAACUCACAAUGCUCUGGAGCUGAUUUGGCAUGACAAUAAACAAAUUGUUUUGCUGAGGUGUUGCAUUACUGACGCUCAUCUUUAAUUGUGUACUUUCUGCCCCAUCACACCCUCCCCUCCUCAUCUUUCUACUCUACAGUGUGGGCUCUCUGUCUCUCUUUUUCCCAGAAAGGUUCACUUCAACUGGAACCUGCCAUAUAUUUUCUUCACUCAUAGUCAGUCAUUGAAUAGGAACUGGAAGAUCAGGUGUGGCCCUUGGCUAAAUAAUUAAGAUUCAAGGAUGGAAUUCAUACCAAAUGACCCUUAUGGUCAAAGGGGGAGCCAAAAAUAGUCCCAUGGAAGUGGGCUGGGGAGAGACAAGUGCUGAGCCAGUCAGAGAACGUGUUUGUGCAACCAAAUCCACUUGGAUUAGAACGGGUGGAGAAGAACAAGAUGUCAAGAAAAUCAAGAAACACAUAACAAGUGUUGCUUGGCGGCUGUUUUUAUCUCAUGUACUUUAUGAUACAAUUAUGCUUUUAUUGCGUCUGCCAAAAGAUGGCAUUUAAAUAGUCAGAUUCUUUUCAUUGAACCAUAAAGAUGCUGGAUAGUAAAGUAUAUGAAGGGACUGGAUAGUGGUGGAGCAGCAAUGAAAAGGCCUGAGCAGAAACUUGACUUUUGUUUCAGACGAUCUCUUUAAAAUUUGCUCAUUGUUUUGCUUGUUUUCCGCUGGUUCUAACACCAGUUGUUCAGGUUUGCACAUUUGUUUGCCGGUCACAGCUAGUUUUAAAGACCCUGUUUGACCUGCAACUGGAUCUUUGAUUCCCCGGCAUUGGGAAACUGCUGGAUAAGGUAUUUGAUGGUUAACACACCCUGGGACACAAACAAUAAGAUGAAAGUAAUCCCGGGCUGCAGUGAUCCUGCCCAUCAGACAAGGUGGUAGUGUCAGAGGGAUUGUUUUAUUGUCAGAGGUUGAAGAACUGAGCCAUCAAUAUGAAUCUAUGUGGUGUGAUCUUUUACAACAGGCUAAUACAUAAAGACAUUGCAUGCUAUCAGAAACGUAUUUGCUAGAUAUUGCCAUUGUAUCAUUGUAUUACCAUUAUUAUUGUGGCCAUUAUUUAAGUUCUACAUGGCCUUGAAUUUUUGCUACCACUUUAUAUUUAACUCUUCCUUUGGACCACUAUGGAGAUCACUUGAAAAACUUAGUUCUUUGUCACAUUAUAUGCAAUUUGUUAAUUACAAUUUCAUGAUCUGUAAAUUGUCUGGCCAUCAAUAAUGCAGCCAUGAGAAAAUGGCUCGUGUUGCAAGCCUGCUAAGUUAUAGGUCUAACUGGCCGGCCAGCCACAUAGUGCUUUAGUCACAUUCUGGGCACAUUACCAAAUGUGCACCUUAUGCACCGAAACAGCACCUGGCACUUGAAACAGCUCAGCAGCAAAAUGGGCAAGACAAAUAAACCUGAGUCAUGUGGUCACCCUGCCCCACUGCGACACUCCCAUUGUAAAUACUCAUUUACACUUUCUGCUCAGCCUUUAUACUCGUAGUGCUACAUUUCCUGCAUGGGCUAUGGUGACUAACAACCUUAUUGGACAUUAGGGGCUAUUUAGACUAUUUUAUUAUUGCUUUUAUUAUAUUCUUUUUUAUAUAUAUCAAAAUACUUCUCGUAUCAAGGUACUUUCUGUAACUAAUGGUAACAUAUCACUCUCUUGCACCAUCUACAGCUAGCUCUCUGUUCAACAUGUACAUAGGCCUGAGGCACUUGCAUCUUGUAUAUACAUAUAUAUAUACUGGAAAGCUGCAUAGCUUAUUUGCUGUCCCCCAUAGGCCAGGCAUGUUUAAACACGCUGCAGUUUUUUUAAUCACUCCUCUCUGCUUUCUAUGCUCUCAAAAUAAUGAUAAGAAGAAACUGGAUCAAUGAAAAUUCACUUCAAGAGGCAUGUUUUAAAUGUACUUGACUUGCACUACCAACUGAUUGCUGGAAUUUGCAGUAAACACACUUGGGUCAAACAUUAUCUGGGAAUAAUUUUAUUUGUAUUUUAACCUAUUUGGAUUAUCAGGUGGACACAGUGAGUUAUAAGGGCUUUUUUUCAGAGAGGUUGAACCGUCUGAACCGGCAGUAAUGUUACUCUCCCAUAGUGUAAACUCCACCCAACCCUAACUCCUUGUAGAUUAAAAACAUGCUGGAACGUAACGCGGCAGAUUUGCAACAGGGAGUGUUUACAGCCAGAUUAUCGUUGCCACACAAUGAGUCUCAUUCAUUCAGAGACACAUAGAUAAAGAGAAUCCUCCAAGUGUACAUACAAGUAUAUGGAGGUUCUUUUUUAAGGCUCAUUGGGUCAAAUUGUUAUGCGAUUAUGGGACCAUUCCCAGGGUAUUGCGCAGGCUUGUGUCAUUGUGUGUUGAUGUACUCUGUUUAUUUCCUGCCAAGUACUAGAGGGUGUGUGUGAGUUUAGCAAUCGGACUCAUUUCAGUCCACUGUCAUCUCCAGGAAACUCCGCUAUUUCAACUUCAUAUGUAAUAGCUGUAUCAUUUUUUUUGCUUAAUCUAUGCAACAUGUGUAAUGGCUAAUAUUGAAUAAAACUGUGACAACGUA